UAUUGCCGUAUUUAUACGCACUCAUCAUCAUAUCUGCAUAUAUGUACACAUGUAUGUAAUAUAAAUGUACGUACAUUCAUACUUAUAUAAGCAUAUUUUACUCACACAAUCCAUCCGUCUAUAUCUGUCUCUCUAGUGAUUCUGUCGAAAUAAAAGCAAAAAGACGACGAAAGUAAAGUAUCAUGGCCGUAGCAGUACAAUUGGCUUAUACGCGCUUACAAUAUUGUUUAGUUAUAAAUAAUUAAUAAUAAAUCAUAACGUGUGUUCAAGUUAAUAAUAUUGUUGAGUUAAAUAGUUGCCGUCAGUGUAUGGUUCAAAAAAUUCAUAUGGAUACCACGUGGCGUACCAGUUUUGACAAACCAAGCAACAUAAAAAAAAGUGCAACUUAAACUAAGAUAAGGACAAAAUGGAUGAUAAUAGUAAAGAAUCAUCCUCAUUGGCGGUUGACAAUAUUCAAAACCAAUCACCUGGAUCUUCGUCGUCUCAUGAUGCUGAUCUAAGUAUGGGAGCCGGUGGUACCGGCGGAUCUGUCCUCGGUAUUCCUGGAUCAGGGGUAACCGGUGUGUUAUCUCAACAUUGUGCUAUUUGUGGCGACAGAGCGACAGGGAAGCAUUACGGCGCCGCUUCGUGUGACGGUUGCAAAGGAUUUUUCCGGCGUUCAGUUAGAAAAAAUCACUUAUACACUUGCCGAUUCAAUCGGAAUUGCGUAGUUGAUAAAGAUAAAAGAAAUCAAUGUAGAUAUUGUAGGCUACGAAAAUGUUUUAAAGCCGGUAUGAAAAAAGAAGCGGUACAAAAUGAACGUGAUCGAAUAAGUUGUAGACGACCAAGUUAUGAAGAACAAACAAGCAAUGGCGGCGGUUUGUCAGUCGUCUCCUUACUACAAGCUGAAAUGCUCAGUAGACAAGUCGGGGCGGCCUUAGAGGUACAACAAUUGGGGAGCCCGAGUAAUGAGACUGACCUCAGUAAUAAACAAAUAGCAAAUAUAAAUGACGUUUGCGAUAGUAUGAAACAACAAUUAUUGAUAUUAGUCGAAUGGGCUAAAUACAUUCCGGCAUUUAGUGAACUUACUCUUGAUGAUCAAGUGGCGCUACUAAGAGCUCAUGCCGGUGAACAUCUUCUACUUGGUGUUGCAAGACGUAGCAUGCAUCUCAAUGAUGUAUUGCUACUUGGCAACAAUUGUAUUAUCACCAAGAGCUGUCCUGUCAUAUCAUUGCCCACAGAUGGACGUAAUCAAGAUCUGGAUAUCAGUAGAGUUGGUAUACGCAUAAUGGAAGAAUUGGUAAAACCGUUAAAUGAAGUACAGAUUGAUGAUACCGAAUUUGCUUGUCUUAAAGCCAUUGUUUUCUUUGAUCCAAACGCUAAAGGAUUAAGUGAACCAGCUAGAAUAAAACAUUUACGUUAUCAAAUCCAAAUAAAUCUUGAAGAUUAUAUAAGUGAUCGUCAAUAUGACAGCCGUGGUCGAUUUGGGGAAAUAUUGUUAACAUUACCGGCGUUACAGUCAAUAUCAUGGCAAAUGAUUGAACAAAUACAAUUUGUAAGGCUAUUUGGUGUUGCGCAUAUCGACAGUUUGUUACAAGAAAUGCUAUUAGGUGGCGCAUCUGCUGAAUUAAAUGGCGCAACAACGCCCUUACCGAUAUCAAAUCCACCUGGCAGUUAUGUAAGUAGCAAUGAAAGUCCUAGUAGUCCACUAACACCAGCAAACACAGGACCUCUUAGUCCUCAGGAUCAUAUGUUAAGUGCCGGUAGUCCUGUUAUGAUUUUACGCGAUUUAACUUCUAUUACAUCACAUGAUGAUAAUAAUGUCACGGGGUUUCGACUUUUUAAACAGGAGCCUAGUUUAGAAACUGAAACAACUUUUUGACUAGAUAACGAACAAUUACGAAUUAUUUUGACUAAAUAGAAAUUUUUUGGCUAUAAGCUGUUGAUUUAGAAAAAAUAAAUUAAUGUUUAAGAAAUUUUGUGAUACAAGUUUUUAUAAAUUGUAAUGGAUAAAUUUUCCAAUAUUAUUAUUAUUGUAUUACAUUUCUAGAAAUUAUUUUCUGUAUAAAGAGAAUUGAACGUUACAGUUUAUCAGAACAGCAUUGAUUGCCAAUCAGUUGAUCUGAACGCAGCCACUUGCGUCGAAAUGUUCGAUUCCUGCCCCAUUUAGUGGAAAGGAAGUAUCACUUCCCUGUUCUAAGAGUACGAACAAAAUAAAACCCCACAUGCGCUAAACUUCGUUAAACAAUAGCUAGUAUCUGAACAUUUCCGUUACUGACCUGCUGGCAGGUUCAAUAGCCAAUUACACACAUGUAUUUAAAUGUCAUACUUUCUUCCUUAUAUGUGUAGUGUACUAUUUUAUUCUAAUAAAUAUAUUUUUUUCUGUACUGAUUUCUCUAUAAUUCCAUUAUUCGGCCAUAACCUAAAUACUUUUAACUAUAAAUUCUCUUCGUACAGAAAUUUUGUCGAAUGUGACAGGAAAAAUUCAUUUCAUUAUCUUAUAAAUUUAAGUACGUUAACAAAAUGAUUAUUACUAUAUAUAAAAAAAAUAUUUGCUAUUCAAAGGCAUCAACAACAUUAUUUUUUUCAUCCAGUUAUUAAAAUGAAAAUUUAGGAAAUUAAAAUUUUCUAGUUAUAAAAAUAAUAUAAAUCAACAGCUCAAAAGUUAAAGAAUAUCUAUUUAUAUAUAUAUAAAUCUAAAAUUAAUAAUAAUUUUUCGAAUUGCCUUUAUAAGAAAAAAAAAAAUCACAUCGUAUUAUUUACGAUCGAUGAUAAUUAAAAAGCGUAAAAAAAAAUGAUUAACAUUUAUACGAUUAAAAAACCAUUUGAUAAAAAAAAAAAAGGUGCCUUAAACAAGUUUAAUUUUUUGACAAAUAUGUAUAGUAAGUAAUACGUCAUUACAACUAAUUAAAAACCAAUAAAAUAUAUAUAUUAUAAUGUUAGCAAGCAUAAAUAAAAAUGAUCUUCAUAUAUGUUAUUUAUAUUUUAUUACUUAAGGUAAAAGACCAAAUAUUCCUAAUAUAUAUAUAUAUAUAUAUGGAGUAAUCGGGUACCAGUUCCGAUUCGAGUAUUAGGCCUUUUACCUUAUAGGCAAAUACUUGAAAAUAUUGAAAUAGAAAAAAAAUAAAUUGUACAGUGAAAAGAUUAUUUUUAUUUUAAAUCUCGCCAAUAAAUAUUAUAAGCUAAUAAGAUAUAUUAAAUUAUCAAGAUGGCAAUGGAUAUUAUACAUAUAUAUUUAUAUACAAAUCAUCGAGUCAAUCACACCUAGUGCUCAAACUCUUGCUCAAUAUUAACUUUAGUUUAUUCAUUAUUAAUGAUUAAUAAUAAAUAAAUAUAUAAAUAUAUAUUACCUAAGUCUACUCAAUUGACUCAUAGUAAUACAAUAGUUUUUUUCUCUCAAAUGUAUUUAUAUAAAAUAGAGCUAUUGUUAUUAAUUUAAUAAUUAUUAACAGUAAAUUAAUGUUAUAUUUAAUAAUAUUAAAGAAAUUUUUAUUCCCGGUUAUAAUUGUCAAAUCUAU